AUGGGUAAUCCCAAGGAAGAAGAGCUCGAGGAGCAGCAGGCUCCCUUGCUGCCCCAGUACUCCGACGACUCAGAUACCGUCAUCGGCGACGAGAAGAUAUACACUCCUCCGAGCACUGCAUCAAACAGUGGCGAGUCCCAGCCAGACCUCCACACAGAGGCAGCCAUCGAGGACGCCCGUGAGAACGACCGGCUUCUCGCGAGCUCUCUGCCGCCAGGCUACCAUGACCACGUCCGCUCUCCAGGAUGCCUCAGGGGGGAUCUCAAUGUAGACAUCAAGGAUGACUACGCCGUCAAGGAGGAAAAUUCGCCUGGGGAGUCUGCCAGCACCCGUCAAGGACCAGGCCGAUUCCGUCGCUGGUGGAGGGCUAGACGCCGAUGUCAUCGCCGCGAGGACGGCGGACAUCGUGAGCGGUCUUGCUGUGUGAAGAUAUUCAUCACCUUGAAGGCAGUCCUUAUUGUCUGGCUGUGUCUUUGGCUUGUCCGCUGGGCCACAGUCCGCUUCAUCAGGAGACAUCAUCACCAUAAUCACCACUCGGUUGGAUAUCAUAACUAUGGCUUUGGCUGCCACUCAAAGUCUUCUCGAGAGAUAGUUGUUAGAGAAAGGGAAUCCUGGAUCUAUGGAGAUUACCCUCUAUACGACUUACUGGACCUCAGGACUAGAACUGGAUCCAUUUAUGUUACCAUCGUGCCGCAGCCAGCCCACCAAGACGAUCCAACUCGCCCUGCAAGGAUAUCCAUAAGGUCGAGAACUGGCAAUGUCUUCGUGAGGUUCAAGAUGCCCGACGAUGCCACAGUUAUCAGCGAUGCUCUAUCCACAUAUGACAUGGAAAAGCCUCAGCCUUCUCUCUUCAAAGAAGUCUUCUUCAAAGACCCGGCUAUGAAUCACCAUUCAUGGCAAUCGAAUUCCUCCUCUUUACCCCCUCGCCCAUAUGAGAUUGAUAUCGAAACCAGGAGUGGAAACGUGUUCGCCGUCCUUGGAUUUUCUACCCAUGCUUCAGUCACAACUCGAAGUGGUAACAUCAACACUCACCUAACUCCCCUCGUCUUUGAAAAUACCACUUUCCCUCAUAACAGGAGAUGCAAGCGCUGUGACGACAUCUCUAUAACCACGCAAACUCGCUCUGGUAAUGUAUCGCUGAAAGUUACAGAGCCAUCCUUCAUCAUCGCUCCUGAGAAAUCUGAGCACACACCGGAGGCUCAAGAUAAUACUCCCCAUCCCAAGAUACGCAUAGAUACUCGCUCCAAUAGCUCCAGCAGACAGGAAAAAUGGAACCGUAUCCUGGAAGCUCUCAACAAGAAACCCAGCCAUGCUGAACCUCAUUCUUGGGCGGGCCAUGUCGUUGCUACGGAUUUCCGGCGUGGAAAUGUCGUUCUGCGAGGUGAAGGUCUGGAAGUUGUUCGUCGAUCUCGACACGGUUUUCUUGCUACUAAGAAGCCUACGGUUGGACGUGACGACAAGAAGAGCUGGUGGGGAAGCGAGGGAAACAUGAGUGUAGGCUUGGAGUCCCGAGGACCCGUGGAGUUCGAUGUCAGAGGUUAG